AUGUCUACAUCCAGAAUUUCCAUCCUCGUCAAUGGUUCACCAACUAAUGAGUUCUUACCGCAAAAAGGACUCCAACAAGGUGACCAAUUGUCACCCUUCCUUUUCAAUAAAGUGACUAAGGGGCUUAAUAUUCUUCUGAAUAGAGCACUAACUCUUAUCAUCCUUCAUGUUUUUUCGAUUAGGGUUAAUGAGGUUUUUUUAUCUCACCUUCAAUUAGCUAAUGACUUAAUCCUCUUCUGUGAGGCUGAUAUGGACCAGGUGGUGAUUGUCAAAAGACUCCUUCGAUGCUUUGAAGUUCUUUCUGGGCUCAAAAUCAAUUAUCACAAGAGCGUUAUAUGUGGUGUAGGUGUGAAUGAUGUGUCUCUACAUGCCUUUGCAAAGCUUUUGAACUGCUGGAAGAGGAAAAUACUGUUCUUUGCAGGGAGGUUAACCUUGAUCAAGUCUGCUCUCUCGAGUCUCCCUGUGUACUAUCUUUCCCUCUUCAAGAUGCCUGAAGGUAUGGCUCAUGAAAUUGAAAAGAUUGAGGUUACUUUCUUGUUGGGUGGUAAUGGUCUAAAAAGAAAAGUUCAUUUGGUAAAAUGGGUUGAGAUUACAAAGAGUAUUGCCCAAGGGGGCUUGGGCAUCAGAAGGAUUAGGGAUGUUAAUGCAUGCUUGCUUCUUAAAUGGUGGUGGAAAUUUGUAAAUCAAAUUUUAGCAUUAUGGGGAAAAGUUAUUGCAGCAAGUAUAAAAUUGAGGGAUAAGUUCCUCUCUCUCUUCAACCUGUCUACAAAUAAGAAUGGAUCUCUUCAACAAUUUUAUGCUAGGAAAACCAGCACUACAAUCUGGAACUUUCCCUAUAAAAGAGUCCUGUAUGCUUGGGAAGUGGCUGCUAAAGCUAGGUUGAUUAUAACAUUAUCCACUGCUUCCCCCUUGAGCCUUAACAAUGUUGACAGCUUGGUGUGGUCCUCUGCAGCCCUAGGUUCUAGUGUUUUCUCCGUGUCUUCUUUAUAUUCUCUUUGCAAUUCUCUCAUUGGGCCUCAUCUCAUCAUUAGCAAAUUGGGUCGUGAGAGCCACACCUACAAGUUCGUCUCCAAAGAACAGGGAGCUUCUUCCGGUUAUGGCCCUGCACUUAGAACCGGCAGUGCAGGAAGCACUGGUCUACCAAUUGAACACUGUCGCCGAAAGUGGAUGAAUUAG